AUGACGAAUCGAAUACCACUCUCUUUCGCAAGUAUUCUGUAUGACCGGAUGCAGCCCCUCCAAUCGGGCGAAAUUCGACCAGAUGGCAUCGAUCUUAAUUUUCUCACGAUGAAUCAUCCGCGAGAUAUAUUCGACCGAAUGGCGGGCGGCAAAGAAUUCGACGCCUCAGAGCUAUCCCUUAGCGAAUACGUAUGUCGUUAUGCUGCCGGUCAUAGAGAUCUCGUUGCCAUACCAGUAUUCCCGUCUCGAGCCUUCCGCCAUGGUUUCAUUGCUGUAAAUAGCCGGACCGUUAAAGAACCGCGCGACCUCAAUGGGAAAAAAAUCGGUGUCCAGCUCUACACGAUGACCGCCGCAGUCUGGGUUCGCUCAGUGCUCCAGCAACACGGCGUUGACCUUUCCACCAUCCAGUGGGUGCAGGGAAGCAUGGAGAGUGGUGACUCCCAUGGAAAGCCGAGCGCAAUGCCCCUCACAAAGCCUGUCGAUAUCGUGCAGAACAGCAGCGGCAAGUCGUUGAGUCAAUUACUCGAAGAAGGCUUUAUCGAUGCAACUAUAGGUGCUGAUUUGCCGCAUUGCUUGGGGAAGGCGCCUCACGUCAAGCGGCUCUUUCCAAAUUUCAAAGAAGUUGAAAAGAGCUAUUACAAAGAAACAGGCAUCUUCCCUAUCAUGCAUACAGUUGUUGUCCGGCGGGAGCUCUGCGAUCAGCAUCCAUGGCUAGCGACUAGCUUGUACAACGCCUUAAAUGAUUCCAAGGAGGUAGCAAGGAUUCGGAUGCGGUUCCUGGACUGCUUGCGGUAUAUGCUUCCGUGGCUGGCGCAGGAACUAGAUGAGAUCGAUGAAGUGUUUGGAGGCGAUCCUUUUGUGUAUGGUGUUGAGCCAAAUCGUAAGACUCUGGAGGCCUUGAUCGAUGCUUUAGACGAGCAGGCGAUGAUAGCUGAAAAACCAAAAAUUGAAGAACUUUUCGCAUCGAUACGGGGUCAGAACUGGAAGGUUGGAUGGGGCACGACGAAAAUAACGAGAUAG